GAUGGCAGGGCUGCGGGUACACUGACCCCGGCACGGGGCAGGCACGGGCAGGGAACGAUGGCAGGGCUGCGGGUACACGGACCCCGGCGCGGGGCAGGGCACUGCCGGGGCUACGGGGACACAGACCGCGGCGCUGCCCCCGCCCGCCCUCACCUGCCCGAGGCGGGGCUCCCGCGGUGGGCAGGGCCGUCCGGAGCCGCUGGCCCCGGGCUCCGCCGCCGGCUCAUGCGCAGCCGCCGGGGCUGGCAGUGGCGAUGGCGCCGCGGGUGUUGCCGCUGCCCAGGCAGCAGUCCUUCAACCCGCCCACCGUCCUCAACCCCUUCGUGCACCCGGGCCGCCUCAGCGCCGGCGACAAGCUGCGGAUUGCUCUCCAGGGGAUUAUUUUGCUUCCCCUCCGUGUCAUAUGCAUCACGUUCAUUUUACUGCUAGCUUGGCUCUCUGCGUCAAUUGCAACUUUCUGUCAGCCUGGAAGAGGAUUUCUGCCGCUGGAAGGAUGGAGAAGGAGGAUGAUCCAGACAACCCUGUCCAGCCUGACUCGUACGGCGUACUUCGUGAUGGGAUUCCAGGUUAAAGUGAAAGGGAAGGUAGCGAGUCUGCCAGAAGCACCAAUCUUUGUUGCAGCUCCUCAUUCAAGCUUUUUUGAUGGCAUUAUUUGUGCCCUGACUGGAAUGCCAUCAAUAGUGUCUAGAGCAGAGAAUUUGUCAACUCCAGUAUUUGGCACAAUUUUAAGAUCCCUUCAGCCUGUAGCAGUUUCUCGUCAGGACCCUGAUUCACGGAAGAACACGGUUGCUGAGAUAACUCGGCGGGCGUUGUCGAAAGGCCAGUGGCCACAGAUACUGAUUUUCCCAGAAGGCACCUGCACAAACCGAUCCUGCCUGAUCACAUUUAAACAAGGUGCCUUUCUUCCAGGAGUCCCUGUCCAACCUGUGUUACUCCGCUACCCCAACAAGCUGGAUACUGUGACCUGGACAUGGCAGGGCUAUUCAUUUAAAGAGCUGUGCAUAAUGACAUUGUGUCAGAUCUUCACAAGAUUAGAAGUUGAGUUUCUGCCUGUUCAUGUUCCUACUGAGGAAGAAAAGAGUGAUCCAAUUCUUUUUGCCAACAGAGUCCGACAAACCAUGGCAAAUGCUUUGAAUGUGCCAAUCACUGAUCACACUUUUGAAGAUUGCAGGCUGAUGAUUUCAGCAGGGCAGUUGACUUUACCCAUGGAAGCUGGGCUGGUGGAGUUCACCAAAAUUAGCAAGAAACUCAACCUAAAAUGGAAUCAUGUCAGAGAGCAGUUGGAUACUUUUGCUGCUAUUGCAAGUGCUUCCAAAGGGGGAAGAAUUGGAAUUGAGGAGUUUGCUGAGUACUUGAAGCUACCUAUUUCAGAUGUCCUCAAAGAGCUGUUUCUACUUUUUGACAGGAAUGGAGAUGGCACCAUCGACUUCAGAGAGUAUGUAAUUGGUUUGUCUAUUCUUUGUAACCCAGCCAACACAGAGGAGACUAUUCGGAUGGCGUUUAAGCUCUUUGACAUGGAUGAGGAUGGCACUAUAACAGAAAAUGAGUUUGCUUGUAUCAUUCAGUCAGCACUGAGGCUGCCUGAGCUUGAUGUUUCUGUGCUCUUUAAAGAAAUAGAUGCAGAUGAAACCGGGAAGCUCUCCUACGAGGAGUUCAAGAACUUUGCACUCAAGCAUCCAGAAUAUGCUUCAUUGUUUACUACAUAUAUAGAUCUACAGAGACACCAGUCAGGUGUGUUUGAGGAGCAUGACACUGAGCCACCCAAAGGCAAACACAGCCCAGUUAGGAGCACAGCCCUGGUCUCAGAAACAGCACCACUUGCAAGAAAUAAAGUCUGUCCUCAAGGCAGUGAGGAAGAUAUCUCAAGUACCUCUGACAAAAAGGAUGACUGAAAAGAGUUAAAUAAUUCAGCUCUUGAAUUCUACAGAAUUUUUUCCCCAGCUGUUCAUAAGCACAACUGAUGUAAAUUAGAGAUGGAAGUUACAACUUAAAAAAAGUUUGGGGUUUUUUUUGUUUUGGUUUUGUUUUAUUUUUCAUAUCAGAAGGAGUUAUUCCUUUUUGAUUGUAAGGGAAAAACCACUGUUCAGUCCUUAAUGUCAGUAUCACAGUACUGGGAAUAUUCUUCAGUGUCUUCCAAGUUCAUGCUUCUGCAAAAGUAACGGGUGUGCUAAGAGGGGUACGAGGCUCCAGCACUGCAGUGACCUCUUGGAAUGAAGACUAAGGAGUCCACUUGUCUCAAAACUAGUGGUAUUUUUGGCACUGCUCAAUUCCUCCAGAUUCCCAACAUGACUUAAGGGAAAAAAAUUGUGCUAGAAUGUUAUAAUUUGCAAUAUCACUUAGCUAUUCUCAAGUUUCUGAGACACACAAAUGAGUUACAGGAAGCUGAGACUUUAAGAUUAUGUUUUUUGCUUGUCCUUAGAUUGCCCUUAACUACUUAGGAACCAGAAAGCCUAAGUUUCUGAACAAGACAUCCUGGUUCACUGAUGUUAACAAAAACCACUUUAGGCCUAAAGGCUGGUGACAGAUGGAAAUGGCUGCACUUCUAACAACAAAAAACAAAUUGGAAUUCCAAGAUAGCAGCUUGUAGUCUGGAGGAAAAUGCAGACAGUAAAACCUAAAAUUAAUGGACUAUUUCAAAAUAAAUACCAUGUUGUUUACAGUAACAACUGUUCAGGAUCACAUUGGUAGGAGCUUUUCAAGCUUCAGCGUAUUUUUUUAUUCUCACAAUUAUCAACAGAGGAAUGUGACCUUGUUCUGCAAAGCUUGAAAGGCAAAUAUGCUGUCAAACCAUAGUUCUAGUACUUAGUAUCUAUCUAAAGCUGUCUCCUAGAAACCGUAUUUGCAUUACUGUGCCAUUGCUCAGUGUUCUUGGGGCUUGGUUCAAAACCAAGCUCUUUCUAGUCAAUGAUUUGAAUGUGUUUUGCCUUGGUCCUCUCUAGUGCACUGGAAAUUGGGCCUUUACCUUUUUCCGUCCUUUAUCUGAAUGCACUUUAUGCAGUAUUUAAAAUAUAUAGCUAUUUAAGCAAAUACUUCUCAAUAAAAACUUGGAAGGGAUUAAAUGAGAAGAUAUUUUCAGAUUAAAACUAAGAUGAGCAAAGCCUAGACUGUCUAGUACCAAUAAUAAUCAACUUUCAGCAGGUUUUCAUAUGUGAAAUGGUAACCUCUGCCUCUAAGUUAUUGCUUGCAGUCUGGCCGCAAUUUCAUUGCCAUGUUUUACUUUCUCUGUUUAUAAUUGUGCCUCUGCUGAUGCUUCAUGUUCUCAAAAUAAAUCUAUAUUUUU